CUUCAGCACCUUCAGCACCGGGAGCAGAGGGCCAGCCUGCAGAGCUCUUCCGGAGGCGGAUAAUCCCCAUCUCUACACGUCUAAUGCAAUCAGGAAGGAAUAACUAUAACUCACCUCAAAGGAAACACGUUUUUGGAAGUUAAUGCAAGUUAAGACCUACAUUUCCAGCAUUAGGAAAAGCUUGGACGAGGAAGGAGAUGGAUAUUUGCGUUACGCAUUAUUGUGUAAAUAGCCACAUCUGACAGAGAUAAGCCAAUCCUCCUAUAAUGUGACAGCUGCUGUCGCAUUUCAUCUAGUUGGGAGAAACUACAAAAAGAAAUUCCUUCUUACAUUUUAUUUUUAUCUCAGCACAAUGGUGAAUUACAAUCUCGGUUUGUCUUUAAUUAUCGCGGCUAUUUGGCGGGUCAGUGGCGUACCACUAAAUCCUUCACCGGCGACGCUGCUCAACUCAACAUCAUCCACCAUCAGCGAACAUCAAAUGACACAUAAUGUCACAGACACCGCCGUGGUGGGAUCCCGGAUUUCAUCUAUAAUGACGCAUCUUCCCACUCUGAAAAACGUUGUUAUUUUCAUCUGCGUGCUAACAGCUGUUCUCAUCACAUGCCUGGUCAUCAAAGUGAUCAGAUCUGGGAGAAGAAUCAGAAAAACAAGAAAAUAUGACAUUAUAACGACCCCCGCUGAACGUGUGGAGAUGGCCCCUCUAAAUGAGGAGAAUGAUGAUGAAGACGACUCAACCCUCUUUGAUGUCAAAUACAGGUGAAUGCCGGCAUGGACAUCAACAUUGGAUAACUCCUGUUUUGCCUGGAACAACUCAAGUGAUUUUCUGUAUGUUUGUGCUGUUCAAGUCUUAUCAAAUCAGCAACUUCAUAUGCUGCGUGUGCAUGGCUUUUAUCUGUGUUAAAGGACUGGAGCCGCAUGGAUAUCAUAGUUUGCUGCUUCACUGACGCUUCUAUCAUGUAGCACAAAUAACCUGCACAAUACUUUUUGAUAUUAGAGAUCAGAGUGCUUCAUUUUGUGACUUUUUCUCAACAGUCAUUUAAUAAUCGUCUUUAUAAAAACGUGGAAAUUACCUGGAAAAAACAUUUUAAAGUCAUUUCAUUUUGACACUUGAGCUACAUUGUGUUGGUCGGAGGAGUUUAGGAUCCAACGUCUGCUUUGAAAAUAUAAUCCUCCCAUAUUAUAACCAUCAGAUGAUGCAUAAAAUGUUAACAAAUAAUGUGCAGAGAAUAAUUUAUUCAAACAUUUGCACACUAGGAAGAAUCUAUUGAUAUUCUAUAAUGGAUAUUUUUAACUAAACUUUCAUACCAAAUAUAUUUCUAUCUACUAACCACUUAAUUGUGCAUAUACUGUGGACGGCGGUCUGUCCUUAUGUAUGGAGUAAGCGUAUAUUUUUUUACCAUGUGUUGUCCUGUUUUGCUGCUAUCUUAGCUGAAGUUUUGCGUAUUUUAAGAUGUUGAAAUUUGAUAAAUCUCAAAUAAUAUAGUCAGGGUAUUUUGUAAGGUGAAAAUGGAAAACAACAUUUGCUAUGAAUGUGAUGGAGUAAUCUGUUAUGUGAUUGGGUAUAUACAGUCAAGUGACGUAAUUCAAUUUAGCAACCACUGAACAAUCCCAACGGGUUUAAAACAACACAGAGAUGUAGUAACAGUAUUUACAUGCACCCAGUGUCUUAUUUUCUAAACCAAAACAAUGUUAUUUCAACUUAAAAGUAUCCCCAGAAUCUGGUAUCUGUUUAAAAUAGUAGGCAAGGCCCUAGUAAAGUAUAAUGGAAAGUCUCCCUCAAGAAUGGCAUGUAAUGGCUCACUGACUCUUGUAAUGUCUAACCUGAAAAGCACUCAGUCUUUUCCCCCUUAAGAGUACAUUCCCUGUGCCAAAUGGACUCUGAUAGAAACAGUUUCUUCAACUGGCUUUGAGAAAGAGUGUUGAGGACAUUUUUUGACCUUUAACAUUGAUUUGAUUGAUAAGUAUUACAUUACUAUGACAAAUGAAAACAUUGAGGUUGUUACAUCUUUAAUUCAAAUACCAAAUACACAAUAAUCAACCAAGAAUCUCAUAUAAAGGGCAGAAAAUAAAUAGCCGUCAUGUUCACAAACUGGUCUGUGUUUGUGCCCUAAAUGUAAUUACAGCAACUACGUAGCAGAGUGCACCUAGAUUAGGUUUCUGCAGCAAAUGUGAGUGUGGGUGUUGUAGGUGACCUUCUGUUUUUAAUCCAAACUGUUAUUUGAUAGUGCAAAAUGGCAUACGGCUGCAGCUGCUUCUGAAUGACCUCCAACCAUAGUUAACAAAAAAACUGCAAUGCCCGACUCGUACUGCAUUUUCUUUCCGGGAGAAAGAACGUUUUGUAUUUUGUAUUUUGAUUUCCUUGUUGACAUUUACAGAAGACUGGAUACAAGUGAUAUGGCGUGUGUGUGAAUGUAUGAUUCGGUUUUUGAAAGUGAUUCAAACUUUCGAUCAUGUGAUUUAUAUCAUGUCCUUUAGCAGAAUGCUGGCUAUUUCCUGUGGUUUCCAUCAGAUUAUAUGACCACUGUUAUUUUCGAUAUUGUGUCAUGUUUCAUGUAUGUUUUUUAUUGUAUGUGGAGUAAACUGCAGAUCCAUUAGUGUGUCUCAGGGGACUAUCACCCUUGAACAGUUAUCCUCCUCCAUCGUGUCACCGUCUAUUAUUUUAUCUUUAGUUGUGCGUGUAAUUGUGGAAAAACCCUGCUUGUCUGAAGAUGCUAUUUCUGUACUUUUAUUAGAACUGAAUUAUCUGCUACAGACAGUUCCUGUUGUAAAUUGAAUUAACGUCAUUGUGGUAGCUAUUUGAAGACUGUAUCUAAUUGCUCUAAUCCCACAUUUAAACCAAAACAAGUUAAAUGUUCAAACUGUUUUGGAAGUUUAUUGAAUUCAAGUCUCCGUUUGGUUUUUGACACAGAUAUUAUGUGUACCCACAGCUGUAUCCUUGGUUUCCAUUUCUUUGAAACACUACUGAAAUAAAACUGCUUCCUUUGAAGUGUUAAAUCGUU